AUGGUCUCUGCUGCCGAGAAGUCGAAGCGCAGCCCACAUGGUGCGGACCAGGACCAGCCGCCCAAGCGUCGGAAAUUGCAGGACGAUUCGCGCAGCACCUGGACUUUCGAGCUGCGCUCCGACCAAGACGAAACCCUGCAGCUAAACCGGCUGCCAGGCACCACCCCACACCCUGCUGCCACCACUGCGUUUGACUCGUACCGUCUCGAAACACUCGCCAUUGCCGAGCAAACCACCUCCGACACAUGCUCUUCCUCAGACCGCUGGUGCGACGCCAUUGCUUCAUCAAAGCAUGUUGCAGUGGCGAUUGGGAACCAGAUCCAUGUCCUUUCGGCAGACUGCAAGACGCAGGAAGCAGUGAUCCGCCAUGACUACCCGAUUACAGCAGCAGCACUGAACGGCGACUCGUCGUUUGUAGCCUUUGGAGAUGAUACCGGCACGCUGUUUAUUGUGCAUGUGCAGACACGAAGUGCAGUGUUUUCGCAGCUGAUCCGGCCACCGGGCGGGGAUGUAGCAGGGAUUACAGCCAUACGGUUUGCUGUGGCGCACGGCGAUACAGCGUGUGAGGAGUUGGUGCUUGUAUGCGACAACACCACGCUGGUACGGUUCUCGGAUAUCCAACUGGGCCAACUUAACACUGCGAUUGUCUCCGCUGAUAUGGAGCUGGCCAUGGAGAUUAAGAGGCGGAUCUGCGUCGAGUUUGUGGGCCUGAGCGUAUGUGGACGCAGCGUGCAUGGCGGAGGGAUCAGUAGCAUGGUGGUUAGCCAUGAAAAGACUGAAUCGCGGAUCGAUAUUUCAGGCAGCGGCAGUGCGAGCAUGAGCAGCUGGAAGCGCUCAGAGGCAGAUGCUGCAACGGAAGAGGCUAGGACGACACAUCUGGUGGAUCUGGUCAGCGAGCAGUGCUCGGGAUCUGCUUAUAUCAAAAUGCUGGUGUCGUUGGAUCAGCGGUACCUGGUAGCACUCAGUGAGCACGGAUCGCUGGAUAUCUACGAACGCUCAACAUUGACACCUGUUUUCCGCUAUACUGAUACGCUGGUUGACGAUUUUAGUCUGCUUGGUCCUAGCAAUUCGACGCCAGAGUCAGCUCGGUCGCCCGCAUCGCUAUUGGUCGUUGCAGUCAGCAAGCCAGUAUCGGUAUCCAGUCACGAUUAUGAGGACGAUAGCGAUGGCGACGCUGGCAAUCUUAGAGAGCAGUGCCGACGUCUGUUUGUUGUGUCCUUACCGCAAAUGGAAACCAUCUAUGCCAUGGACGUCUCCCUGUGGACAUGGCUGGCCACUGAUAUCAGGUCCACUGCCGAUAUUACCGACACGAUCAUGUUUGUCGAAGGCACUACUAGCGAGGACACGCGCACCCUAUUCCUCCGCCGCUUGUACGAAACAGUGCCAAUGGACCGCCUAGCGCAUUACCUGCGGGACGGCCGGUAUGCUGAGGCUGGGCGGUUUGCAGAGGAGUGCGGGAUUUCAAUGGGACGCGUAUACCGCACGCGGCUAGAAGAGCUGGCCAAGGACUCGACGCAUGCGACAGCAAAUCUGGAUACAAUCGAGGAGGUUGCGAGGUUUGUGGAUAACGUUCUCGAGAUGUUGCUGCAACUUGACGAGGAUGGCGACCAGGAUUCAGAGUUCGCUAUUGAUGUCUGUAUGCGUCUGUCUGUACCAUCGUAUGCUGGCAUGUGGCGGCUGCUGAAGCAUGCUCAGCAGCUGGCGAUAGAGUUCGGUAGCCCACGCAAAGCUGCCGUGGAGAAGGUGAUCCAGCGGCUGGGGACAUGGCUGAUGCUGGGGCACCCUGCUAGCAGUACCAGCCAGUUCUCUGCGGAGGGUUGGCGUGUAUUCCGUGAUGCCGAUCUGGCAACAUGUCUGCGGUCGUAUAUAGCCAUGGGUGACAUUUUGCGUGCCAGUACGGUCUGGCGGCGGCAUCAGGACGAUAGGCGCAUGGUUUCGGAUAUCUCAGAUGCGAUUCACGGGUUUCCGCUAAGUAUUGAUUCUAAGGCAUUGGCGGCAUGGCUGCGGCAAGAGGUUCUACCAGUGAUACAUACAGCACAACAGUGGCACGACAUUGCAGCGUGGACCGAGCAACGCGCACGGUUGCUGGAGGCAAAGCAGAAGCAGCCAUAUGAUGCGCUAGUCCUGGUUAAGCUGCUGGAUCCUGGGUCAUGGUCGACCUAUCAGGGCAACGAUGCAGGCGGCGGCCAGGCAGCGAGUACGUUGGCCAAGGGCCAGUUUGCAGUUACGCCGCAGAGCUUUGUAGAUGGGUCGCAGCGAAUGUCACAGUGGAUGCUCGGCUUAGCCCGUUUCAGUGGCGUGGAUAUACGGCCUUCAGAAUCGAGCAGCGACGAGAUUGCUGCCGGCAGCUAUGAAGAUGAAGCACAGAGCUGCGCAUUCUUGCACAAGCAGCUGCAGGACCUGGUGUAUCUACGGGAACAACAUAGCAUGCAGUUGGCCCUCGAGGAAUAUGACUUGCUCUCAUAUUCGAUGAUCGCGAUCGAAUUCCUGGACCGCGUUGCUGCCCCCGAACUCCUACGGCAAGCUUACUUUGACCACUUUGUGCCGUACGCGCUCAGCCAUCAGCUCGACUACCCGCAGCUCCUCCAGCAAUACUGUAUAACAACCAUGGAUGACAUUGAUACGGCUAGCCAUGGUGCCGUCCAUGGGGAGGAUAUUGCAAUGGUAUCGAAUUCGGCGGUUGCACCAGCUCAAGGAUUCGACUCGUGGGAGCCCCGUGUGCUGCAGCUUCUGGAGUGUCUAGCUGAGAGCACCAAUGGCAGAAUGCAUAUGCCAGCCAAUGAGUCCAGUUCAACCAAAAGGCUUGCGCCAAUGCGGCCCUCAUCUGCUAUUACUGGCGAGACCAUACUGGCGACAUACUUGGACAUCAUGUUGGAAGUGAUGCGGCGAAGCAAUAUUCCCUGGUCGACCGGUAUCGACAAGGCAAUUGGCGACAGCCUCAAGCUACUGGACGGCCCUGCUGAUAUUGACCCUGAGCUCGGCCCGCCGGAAGGUAGAGAUCGGUGA